UUUGAAUACCCAACCAAGCUGUGCAAUGCUUUGCAACAGGCCCUUUACCCGGAAAUGUAUUGUAACUGUCCACGCUUCAGAUUAUAUGAGAGUUGACUUUUCGGCUAUGUCAAUCUCUCACACAUUAAAAGCUUCUCUGCGGUGCAUUCUACGAUUUACCCCGAUUCAAGGAAGGUGAGCCAGUGAAUGAAAUGCGACAGAACGUUUAGAGAAGGAGACCGUAUCAUCCUCAAUGGAGAGGGGAAAAGAGAACUGAAAACAUUGGAAAUCCUAUCGCUACCUGUCCCGGAACCAGGCACGGGCUGGACCGUAACGAUGGGCAUGCUCGCCAUAUCAACUGCAAAGUACAACACGUGAACUGAAUAGCUUCAGCAGUGGACUGAAGAAUCCCAAAUACUGCACAGGCCUAUGCUCAAUCCACAGAUUUCUUUCAUUAACUGGACCAAAGUGUAGCCUUUUGCCUAGCCCAGAUAGUAUAAUCUAUGCGUGUCUCACCUUUGUGUUCAUGUAGUUACAUCAUAACCCUCCUAAAGGUCAUGUUUCAAACUUUAUUUCGCCUGUGCCUGCCACCUCAAACUUGUGUCUGACAGGUUGCUGUUCUAUGCAAAAUUGUGCUCUUUCAGAACGAGCUGUGUGUAAUUGUUGAGUGAAUAAUGUGUCCUGCUGUAUUUCUGUAAUAAAAUUGCAAGACUACUGUAAUUUUGUGCAUAAUGACUAUCACAAUAAACACAUGCACUGAGUGGUUUCACAGAUAAGCCUACACAUAAUGGCCUACAAUAAUCCAUAACUGAACAAGUGGCCUAUGGCAACUACUUUAAAAACCUUUAAAAGUUAAAAUGGUUUUAUUCCAGGCCCAAGUGUGGUAAUUGAAUAGUUGAUCACUUGUGUCUGUCUGUCUGUGUGUGUAUGUGUGUGUGAAAGAGAGAAAGAGAAAGCCUAGCCAUUCCUUUAAUUCACGCACAUCUUACAUUUCUCGCGCUUUGAUUGCUUUUAACAUAGCGUAUGGACCGAAAGCUACUGCUGGCGCAACGCAAUGCCCAGUUCUCCGUGAAGUGCGCGUCAAUUAUGCAUGCCAGAAAAGACUAUCCCGAGCUGAACUGUUUCCUUCACUUAACCGUUUCCUGACCACAGAAAAAAAAAACAUAGUUCAUUAUAGAGACAAAGGAGUCAGAUCCCCAAAUAUAUGCCAUGGGGUAGGUUGCUGUAAGUCUCUUUACCUUUAUAAAUAACGUGAAAAUAAACCCGUUAGGGCCCAUAUCAUCACCAAAGCUCCCAGGCACUUACAAAAGAGGGCGAUAUAAGAACCCAUGUCCUACUUAGAACCAAAACAACUGUGUAGACAAUAGGCUGUAUCCGCUGCCUACUCCAUGAUGAUUGAGCCUUUACCACUAUCUCACAAUUUGUGUGACAGAGGAAACGUUAGGCUUGUGAUGCUACCCCCGUAGAGCAGAUGCUGCCGGCGGAGACUGUGGUGCUGCAACAAGAGACCAGCCGCGGCUCGGCUUGGAUCGGGAUCAGUGCGCAUGCUCCGUCCUUGCCGUUUACUGUAUAUUCACAGUGGAAAAAAGGGCAGGCAACAAAACCAGGGUUUUUUACAGCAAAGUGACUUCUGCUAUGUAAAUAACCUCCAGGGAGACAAAGAGGAAUAUCAACAGGUGUGAUGAGACAAAAGAACAAAGGAUGCCUUAGAAGCGAGGCUGCCAACAAGCGUGGAAUCAGCUUGAAAGCACACCAAAUGGAUAUAUCGCCUCCCCACGCCUUCAGAUCAUGAAACAAAGCUGAAGCUACUAAGUCAUCUAUAUGAUCCCUCCAUCUAUGGCGAACUAUAGCCAUGCAGGGGACCACAACAUCUUGCAGAAUGUCUCUCCUCUCGCCACCUUCCUCAAACUGACCUCUCUGGGGUUCAUCAUCGGCGUCGGCGUCGUGGGAAACCUGCUUAUCUCCAUCCUGCUUGUCAAAGACAAGAGCCUGCACCGGGCGCCCUACUACUUCCUGCUGGACCUGUGCGCCUCGGACAUCCUGCGCUCUGCGAUCUGCUUCCCCUUUGUGUUCACCUCGGUCAAGAAUGGCUCGGCUUGGACGUAUGGCACCCUCACCUGCAAGGUGAUCGCCUUCCUGGGCGUGCUCUCCUGCUUUCACACGGCCUUCAUGCUGUUCUGUGUGAGCGUCACGCGCUACCUGGCCAUCGCGCACCACCGCUUCUACACCAAGCGACUAACCUUCUGGACGUGUCUGGCCGUCAUCUGCAUGGUGUGGACGCUGUCUGUGGCCAUGGCCUUCCCGCCGGUGCUGGACGUGGGGACGUACUCGUUCAUCCGUGAGGAAGACCAGUGCACGUUCCAGCAUCGCUCGUUCCGGGCUAACGACUCGCUAGGCUUCAUGCUACUGCUUGCGCUCAUCCUGCUCGCCACGCAGUUGGUCUACCUCAAGCUCAUCUUCUUCGUGCACGACCGUCGGAAGAUGAAGCCCGUCCAGUUCGUGCCCGCCGUCAGCCAGAACUGGACCUUCCACGGCCCCGGUGCCAGCGGACAGGCGGCCGCCAACUGGCUGGCCGGGUUCGGACGUGGGCCUACCCCGCCCACCCUACUUGGGAUCCGCCAGAACAGCAACGCGGCGGGCCGGCGUCGACUCCUGGUGCUGGACGAGUUCAAGACAGAGAAGCGGAUCAGCCGGAUGUUCUACAUCAUGACGUUCUUCUUUCUGGCACUCUGGGGGCCCUACCUGGUGGCGUGCUACUGGCGCGUGUUUGCCGGAGGCCCAGUGGUGCCCGCUGGGUACCUGACUGCGGCCGUGUGGAUGAGUUUCGCCCAGGCGGGUGUCAACCCCUUCAUCUGUAUUUUCUCCAACAGGGAGCUCAGGCGCUGUUUCAGCACCACCCUGCUCUACUGCAGAAAAUCCAGGUUACCUAGGGAACCCUAUUGUGUUAUAUGAAGGCUUUGGGGGGUUGAUGUUGGAUGUUGUUGUGUUGGAUUGUUUUUUUCCUCCUCCUUCUCCUCCUCCUCCUCUUCUUUAUUCCUCCUCUUAUUCUUCUUCUACUACUUCUUUUUCUUCUUCUUCUUCUCAGUCAUUUCUUCCUUUUUUAUUGUCCCCUUUUAGAUCCCGAUGUGAAUCUCGGGGAUUUGUGUCAUUGUACAGCUCUCCUCUUACUCUCUCCUUCCUUCCUUCCUUCCUUCCUCCCUUCCUUACCCCUUCCCUCCCCUCCUCCUCCUUUGCCUACACCUCCUCCUCUUCCUUGUCCUUGUUACCAUGGCAGAGGGAGAAAAAAAAACUGUCAAUCAAAGGCUUCUCCAAAUGACUGAACAUCAAACAUGGAGUUUGAAGGGAAUAAAAAGAGCAGGAUUCAGAGAAGUCCUCCCAUGUUUAUGUUUUAGUAAACAACCACUUGCUGUUUGAAGGCCACACGCAAAAAGAAAGAAAGAAAAAAAGAAAAGAAACGGAACAUCAACCAAGGACUGGCCACCUUGCUAUGGAUAAUUUUUUUCUGGCAACUUGAGGUUUAAUUUUAGGAAUCAGUGGAAUUGAUUUUUUUUUUCUUUUUUUUUCAAAGUUGCACUAAAGUGAAGAAAUUAAAGAUGCUUUAUGCUCAGAUGCAUUGCAAAGGACGACUUGUUCUUUUUGUUUUUUUCCCAGACUAAGAAUAUGAAUGCUUUUAUUUGCAUCAGACAUCUUAUUCACUGUAAAGUAAAACGAAACACUUUGGGUUGAGAGACAGUUGGAAUACAUCUUCACAAGAGGAUAAAAAUUGAUUUUCAGUAAAUGUAAGUGAUAUCUAUUUCAUUUUUUCCGGCGGGGGCUCCGAGAACUAAUGAUGUGUGGGUUUUUUUGAAGUUGCAACCUAAAUUAUUGUUGUUCAAUGACUCAUUGAGUAUGUCCCUAUUGUCUGACAUCAUUCAUUUUUGUUAUGACAUUUUCUAUCUGACUGAAAAUGAUAAUGAUGUUUGGAUAAAAAAGCUUAACUCUCGAAAACCUUGUGCUACAACAGACAGUGGAAAAACUAGUUAAAUGUGUCAUGUCCAUGUUACCUGAACACUGACGUAAUGCCAGUCUUUUCCGAUACCACUCCAGGUGUUUUUGCCUUAAUGGUUAUGAUGAUCAUUCUGUUUUUCGCUGUCGGCAGGUCGAUACAUUCACUCCGCAAGAGAUCCUGACACGAGAGUUUUCUUUUUCUGUCUCCUCACGUAUAUGUGAAGUGCAUGGUCAUUUAGUUCCUUAAAGAAAAGAUCCCCACGCUCAUAAAACGUCAUUACAGGCCAUAAAACAAUCCCAUUGUUUUUUUGUUCAAUUCUGGAAAAAAAAAAAGUUUGGUCCACCCCCAUUGAGUGCUUUAAGCACUGGAAAGCAUGUGGUGUGUAUGUGAGUGUGCCUGUGCGUGUGCGUGUGUGUAUGUGUUUGUCCUUAAGUCAGACAGCUGUCACGUCAAGACCAGAGCCUUAGUAUGAGAUCUUGCACAAUUUGUAAAAAAUGUAAAAGGAAAAAAAAAACUGUAUUUAAGGCACAGCGUCUUGUUUCUACUUUCCUUACAUUUGCUCUCUACUGAUUGUUUUGAACAACUUACUUUUUUCUCUUGUGGCCAUUUUAAUAUUUAUUCUGUAAUUCUUUUUGUAUAUUAUAGGUAGAUAGUGUGUAAGUUUGUGAGUCUUUCAUUUUGAAGUCCCGGACGUGAGUACUGUUUCAGUUAGGAUUGCAUUUGCUGAAAGUUAUCAGUGUAAUCUGUUGCUUACGUUUUUGAAAAAAAAUAAUAAAAUUUUACAUUUUGCAA